AUGGUUGACACAACCGGUGACCAAGAUCGAGAGCGUCUCAAGGCUGCCUUGUGGUACGCCGUCGGUCAAAUUGUCGAUGAAGAGUCUCUCAAUCGCAACCGCAACGCCACACCGCAAUUCAUCGGUGCACUCACAGAACUCGUCUGGACACAAAUUGAGAAUGUGGCCACGGAUCUGGAGAGCUUCAGCAACCACGCAGGACGCUCAACAGUGACAACAGACGACGUGUUGCUUCUGGCUAGAAAGAACCCUGAUUUGCAUCAAAUCAUGAAGGAAUUCGUCGAUCAGGCCAAGGCUGAGAAAGGAACCACCAAGGGCAGAGGAGGUGCAAGCAAACGUUAG